ACAAUCGAACAACAUAACAUAUGUCUUAUCAACGAACGUGAAAAAAAACGUCAAAGGAGAUUAAUGGAAAGUGCUGAAGAGUGCGAAAAUCGUCUUAGUCAGGACCGUAAACGAAAAAAAAACAAAUUCGAAAGGGAAACCCCGGAGGAUCGUGAAACGUGUCUUAAUCGUAACUGCAGAAAAAAAAAGAAUUUAGAUAAAAUUACUAAGGAACCUCAAAAAUACCAACGAAAAGUAUCAGAAACCAAUCAGACAGAUCUGCAACAGAGGUUAAAACAAUUCCCAGCUACGAAUCUUA